GCUGAAGUCUCAACGAAAUAUGCUUUUGUCUUGUUUGCUGUCGUUCUAUUUAAAGACGGAAAGAGCACCGCAUGUGAUGGCGCUGUGAUCGCCAAAAAAUGCUGCAUAUUGGCUAGCCAAUCAGAAGACCCAAAGGUUAGUCCUCCUCUCUUAUCGGUACAAAGUUUUGGCGCCCCCAGGGGCGCAAGCAUCGAAUGGAUCAUGUGAUUCGACGCAAUUUCGAAUUGUUUUUCGUUGACCUGAUUUUUUUUAUCUUUGGAUGCGUUAGCUUGGGUACCUCAAACCAGCAACAUUUAAGUAGUUACAUUAAUAAGUUAAUAAUUUUUUGAGUAAAAGUUGACAUUGGUUUGAAUAAAGUCAAUAAUAAUUAUUUUUCGUCUGAAGACGCUCCUUGUUACCGGCUCGACUAAAUUAAUUCUAGUAGUACUGUCGUGCAGAAUCUCAUAGUCCAAAUUCUAAUUACAUGCGUUAACAGAGUCGGCAUACUAUUGCUCACUGACUGAUUAUUCAAGUUUCAAACCGUAAGUCCUAAUGAUCUUGUUUUUGUUAAUGUUAGUUAAAAAGAUAUUCUUGUCGAUUCCAAGUAAUUGAUAUAAAUAAGUUUGACGAACAACAAAAUAUCAGAGAUCAAAAAAAAGAAACUCGUUGGUUAACACAGCUGAAAUACAGACAGCAGAGCACAUGAAGUUUGGGAAAUUUUUCGAUUUCCAAUGGUUGCUGACGCGUCCUCCCAGGGGGCGCUGCAAGUCUGAGUACACCCUCGCCCCAAUCGCUAUAUAAGCAAUGGAGUAGCUUGACCGCGCCAUAACGCUGUUGUUAAGGGAACGAAGUUAUGGCUCGUACCAAGCAGACCGCUCGUAAGUCGACUGGUGGAAAGGCCCCGCGUAAACAGCUGGCCACCAAAGCUGCCCGCAAAUCGGCCCCGGCCACCGGCGGUGUGAAGAAGCCUCAUCGUUAUAGGCCCGGUACCGUCGCUCUCCGUGAGAUCCGUCGUUACCAGAAGUCGACUGAGCUCUUAAUCCGGAAGCUGCCCUUCCAGCGUCUUGUCCGUGAAAUUGCUCAAGACUUCAAGACUGAUCUACGUUUCCAGAGCUCGGCUGUCAUGGCCCUCCAAGAGGCGUCCGAGGCCUACCUUGUCGGCCUAUUUGAGGACACCAACCUGUGCGCCAUCCACGCCAAGCGUGUCACCAUCAUGCCCAAGGAUAUCCAGCUUGCCCGUCGUAUCCGCGGAGAGCGUGCUUAAAUUACUGAUUAUUCGGUAAAAAACGGCCCUUUUCA